AUGCACACGGUGCCUGAGCACACGAGCUUAUUCCUUUGUUUCAUCCAUUAUUUGGAGUUGUCCCAUCGCAAGAGCUCGUCCUCGGGCUCUCGCGGAAUGCAGGGAAUCUCUAGCCCGGCUUCCAGGGAUUCGAUAAGCUGCCCGCUAGUCAGCCCGCUUCCUGCCCAACCGAAGCGCCAGGCAGACGAGCAUCUCGGGGAAUUGGUGGCCCAAAAUAGCAUCCCUCCGUGGCGGUGCAACCUGCUGCUCCUCUGA